UUGAAAAAUUGGACAUGAAGAAGUAUUUUGCCCUCAAAAUCACGCCCGUAAAGGAGUCAGAGAGCGGGUCCGAAUCGUACCCGCGGAAUUUCAAACCCACCCACCCAAAAAUUUAACACGGGUGGGUUUUAUGAGACCGGACGCACUUGAAUAAUCCGAAUCGGAAAACACAGCUACCCUAUCCCUUUUUUGCCAAAAAAGUAAAAGAAAAAGAAAAAAGAAAAUUCUACUGAUUUGCUCUUCACGCCUUUCUCCGGCUCCCGCCACCGCAGCACGAUGCAUCCAACCUGACGCUACCCUGAUCGCCGUCUUCUCUACUCAUCUAUCUUACACAUCCAAAACUAUACCACUGCGCAAUUUGUUUUAUCGGCAGGCUCCGGCGUCCCUUGCAGGAGGUUCGGUAUCGACGAUGACCACUAUUAUUGAGGCUUAUCUAACACCGAUCGUGUGAAAGGUCAUGGAUGUAGACGAGGGUGACGUUCUCGUAACUCAUGACGAGCAUAUGGACGUCAGAAUGUCAAAUAAUUUGGACUUGAAUGUGGAGCAUGAGUGUCGUAGCCCGAAAUCAUCCAAUCCUAAAGGGGUUCAUUCCAGUUGUUCGUCAAAACAUGAAGUGCUCAAAAUUGGUACAGAGUUUGAAUCAGAUGAGCAAGCAUACAGAUUUUACAAUAAGUAUGCUGAGUUGGUAGGGUUCAGUGUAAGAAAGGAUUGGGUCAACAGGAGUAAGGUCCAUGGUCGGGUGAUGUCCAGAAAGUUUACCUGUUCUAGACAAGGUCAUCGGAAGAAAGACAAGAGAGAUGUUAAUGUGAAGAAGCAUCGCAAGGAAACGAGAACAGGUUGUUUAGCACACAUGGUAGUAACUCGUCAACCUCAUGGAAAAUAUCUUGUCACACAGUUUGAAGCAGAGCACAAUCAUGAGGAUGUAAACCUGACUAAAGCUCAGAAGUUACUGGAAUCACCAUUAUUUGGUAAAGGGAACUCUACUGAGUUUUCUGAAACUGACUCCAUGAAGAACAAAGAGAUUCAUUCAAAUCUAUCUUUUCAGUUGUUAGGUAUACGAUUUUGCCCUCCGGAUAAUUUUGAUGACCUUCAAGUAAGUGAUGAAGUUUUCUUGAGCUCUGGAAGGACAAGAGAUAUGAAGGAAGGAGAUGCAGCACGUCUUAUGUAUUAUUUCCAGAGGCAACAUUUUGAAAAUCCUUCAUUCUUUUACUCAGUACAACUUGAUAUUGAUGAUAAGGUAAGCAACAUAUUUUGGGCAGAUGACAAUAUGAUUGUGGAAUAUGGCCAUUUUGGUGAUGUUGUUUGUCUAGAUACAUCAUGCGCAAGGAAUGCAAAUUCUCGACCUUUUGUGCAGUUUGUCGGACUUAAUAACCACAGACAGGCGGUGACUUUUGGUGCUGCUUUUUUAUAUGAUGACAGUGUUAAUUCCUUCAAAUGGCUAGUGCGAACUUUUGUUGAAGCAAUGUCUGGUAAGAAACCUAAAUUCAUUCUGUCAGAUCAGGAUGCAACAGUUGUUCAAGCUAUUCAUGCAGUAUUACCGGAAACAAGUCACUGUAUAUGUGCCUGGCAGAUGUAUCUGAUUGCUCUUAAACAUCUUCGCCAUGUGGUAAAUGAAUAUGAAUCUUUCACCGGUGAUUUUAGGAAUUGCAUCUUUGGUCAUGAGCAGGAAGAAGAUUUUAUUCAGGCAUGGGAUUCUAUGUUGGAGAAACAUGGCCUGCGUCAUAAUGCAUGGUUGAGAUGGAUGUUUAGGGAAAAAGAAAAAUGGGCUGUAGCAUAUGGUAGAAAUACCUUCUUCAUCGAAAGAAAUGGCACGCAUCUAGUUGAGCUGAUGUCUGAUAGACUCAGAAGCUACUUAGGCCCUGACAUUGAUAUGCUUCAGUUUUUCAAGCAUUUUGAGAGUGUGGUCAAUGAACAAAGGUACAGAGAACUAGAGUCUACACUUGACAUGGGAAGACAAGCUCCAGUUUUGAUGGCUAAUGCAGUUUUAUUAAAGUAUCCCAGUGAGACUUAUACACCAAUGGCAUUUAAAGUAUUUCAGAGAGAAUAUGAGAAGUGUUUAAAUGUUGUCGUGAACAAGUGUGGUGAGCGAGAUUCAAGAUUUGAUUUCAAAGUUAAAACAUAUGGAAAAUCUAGAGAAUUUUUGGUCAUAUAUAAUUCUCUGGAUGGAACUGUCUCUUGCAACUGUAUGAAGUUUGAGCAUGUGGGUUUCUUGUGCAGCCAUGCCUUAAAAGUGCUUGAUCAUCAGAAUAUAAAGGUUGUUCCAUCUUAUUACAUCUUGAGGAGAUGGACAAAAGAUGCAAGGAUUUUACCUGUUGGAGAAAGUGACAGUUAUCCAGAGGAUGACAACAGAAAGAUAGUUGCCACUCGUUACAAAGAUCUGUGUCGUAAUAUAAUUAAGAUAUCUGCUAGAGCUGCUGAAUCUGAUACGGCCUUUGAAUUUGCUGCAAGACAACUCAAUGAGGUCAUGCAAGGGGUUGAAAGAAUCUUGCAUUUUAACACCUUCGAGGAAGCUAAAGGCACUUGUGCUUCUGAUAACGAACUAGCUGAUGCUGAUCUUGAUAGAAAUGAUUUUGAGGGUCAGGGUGUUGAUGUGUUGAAAGGAACUACUGAAACAGAGAAUAUGGUACCUAAUAAAGAUCAACUGAAUCAUUGUGAUGAUCCAAUCCCUGGUGUAAGUGGUGGUCUGGCUGUUCGUCCAUCUCCACCUGAGACAGUUCUAUCUGUUGCAUGUGGCCCUUCUACGUACAUUUCAUCCCCUAGUCCGACGCCUUCAUUGAGUCCACUUACACAGGGCUUAUACACCGUUGAAGCAAAUCACAUGGUUCAAAGCAUGUAUCAAACUUCUAAUUUAGCCAUUAACCAACAAUCUAAUCCUAACAUGUAUGAGUCACCGAACUUCUACUCUAACCAACAUCAUUCUCCUAGCCAUGCUCAAUUCCUACAGGACUCUUUGAUUCGUAACCAGUUCCAGGAUCCGAUGUCAAAUGGUACCCAGAUGAAGCAGGUGAUGGAUGACAGCCAACACACACAUUCUUCAUCAUUCAUGCAUUAUAAUCACAGAUACAGAGCUGCAGGUGUUUAGAACAUAAAUUGAGAGAUCUCUCCUAAGCAGGGUCCAACGUUCAAUGUAUUUAAAUGCUGUGGCAGGAGUUUCAGCCAUGUUGGAUAUACAAUACAAAAAUGAAAAAAGUGACAUUCAAGAUUUACCCAGUUUUACCUAGUGAGGCAUAUGAAACUGGUGUAUUGCAGACGACAGUCAUAGAAUGGAAUUCAGUAUUGACAAGAAUUAGGAACACUACGUGAGAAUUAUAUUUGACAGAAGGGAAUUGUCUGGAGGCAUUUUCUUGCGCUCCAUCCUCUAGCAAAUGUUCAAUGGUAACACUAGGUAAGCUAGAUUGAGUUAUUUUAACAAUGCGCUUGAGCAAUAUGGUUCUCGGGCUACUGCUGGUUCCUUCUGCUAUGCAUCACAUGAUUGUAAGCGUAUACAACGAUGGUGCUAGGGGUGGAUUACUUUUAUGCAUUGUUUGCGAUAGCUGCAAGUCAAUAUGGCACCUCAGAGAAUCAUCUAAGGGGCACCCAUGUCCAUUUGUGAUUCCUGUCACAUUGAAGGCUCAGCAAGAGUGGGCAGUUGUUUAUCUCCCAUGGGAACACAAAAUUUGAAAGAUGUAGUACGCCAAAGUUCUCUCAAAAGCGCUGAGGUGAUCUGGAACAGUAGACUUAGCAGUUCUAUGGUUUGAAACUAUAGAAGUGAAUAUGAAGCACCAAAAUGUUUCAAAACUUUUCUCCUUGUAAAUACAUGCAAGUAUUUGGAUUAUCUCCGAUUUAUGUCAGCUCUUUCAAUUUUUUCU